UCUACCGCCGUCGCAUGAACCAACUGGCACCUGCAUUUGCGUUGCCUACUACUGAGCUCUGCACUAUUCGCAAAGUCCAUUCCCAGAAUCCUUCCUCUUCGACACUCUACGCGCUGACCCAUGCUCGCUCUGCCUAGAAGCGGCCCUAUUCUGUUCGGGUGCUUGCUCUUCGUGGCCAUCAUCACAUAUUCCUUGCCGCUUUCAUCGCCCAUCUUUAUCCGCCGACAGCUGGAGAUGGAGAGCCUCAGUCAGCCCUUCACCAUCAAGAUCAACGGCAAGCCCGUGGCUCCGGUCGAUCCCAAAGCCGACAACGUUGUCCAGGCGCAACUCGGCUCUGAGGCGGCAACCUUCGAACUAAAGAAUGGCCGGUUAGUGUCUGGUGACUGGAUCUUAGGCCGGAAUCUCACCGAAGAUCGGAGCAUGGCGCCGAAAAAGGUCUCUUGGUUCAAGGAUGGUACAGAGCCCGCAACCAGACUGCAUCCCGUGACCGCCUUUGAAGAGGGCGGUGAGCACAAGCUCAAGUUUGGAGGCGGCUCAUUGAUCGCGGAAGAUGGUGGUGUCUUUGUAGAUCUAUUCGGAGGAGAGGAAGCUGUCGCCGCUCUACAACUACAGUUCAAGGAGUAAAAAAGCGAUCAAGCCUCGUCUCCAGAUUAAUGAUCAAUAGUUUGGCAUGGACAGCAGCUGAGAAUACAAAUGAGAUGACCCCGCCGCAGCUGAAUCUCAA